GAGAAGGUCCCGUCACCCGCAGCCUAGAUAGACCGCCAUCUCCACUCCACUACUGUAGAGGAACUACUCCCCAUGGCCACCGCUGAAGCCGCGCGUCCUGCCGCCCCGGCCGGUUUCGGCCGCGACCACGUCGUCGUGUUCCCGUUCAUGGCCAAGGGCCACACGAUCCCGCUCCUCCACCUCGCCUCGGCGCUCGCCGCGCGCCACGGGGACGGCGGCGGCCUCCGCGUCACGGUGCUCACCACGCCGGGCAACCUCGCCUUCGCGCGCCGCCGCGUCCCGGCGCACGUCAGCCUCGUCGCGCUCCCGUUCCCCGCGCACCCGGAGCUGCCACCCGGCGUCGAGUCCACCGACGCGCUCCCCUCGCACUCGCUCUUCCCGGCGUUCCUCCGCGCCACGGCGAUGCUCCGGGAGCCCUUCGCGGGGUACCUGGCCUCCCUGCCCGCGCCGCCGCUGGCGCUCGUCUCCGACUUCUUCCUAGGGUUCACGCAGCGCGUGGCCAGCGACGCCGGCGUCCGCCGCAUCACGUUCCACGGCAUGUCGGCCUUCUCGCUGGCGCUCUGCUUCUCCCUCGCCAAGCGCUCGCCCCCGGCCGCCGGGAGCGUCGAGGACGGCGCCCCGUUCCCCGUCCCGGGGUUCCCGGAGGGCUUCACGAUCACCAAGGACGAGGUCCCGCACGCCGUGGCGCAGGCGGCCGACCUCGACGACCCCGUGACACGGUUCUUGCUCGAGGAGGUCCGCGACUGGGACUACCGCAGCUGGGGCGUCCUGGUGAACAGCUUCGACGCGCUGGACGGGGACUACGCCGCGAUCCUCGAGUCGUUCUACCUCCCGGGGGCGCGUGCAUGGCUCGUCGGCCCGCUGUUCCUCGCCGCCGGCGAGUCGCAGGAAGAGGACGGCGACGACGACCCGGAAGGGUGCCUCCCGUGGCUGGACGAGCGGGCGACGAAGCGGCCCGGGUCGGUGGUGUACGUGUCGUUCGGCACGCAUGUCCACGUCAGCGCCGCGCAACUCGACGAGCUCGCGCACGGGCUGGUGGGCUCCGGCCACGCCUUCCUCUGGGCCGUCCGGACCUUCGACGCGUGGUCGCCGCCGGUGGACGCGGGGCCCGAGGGGAAGAUCGCCAGGGGCUGGGUCCCGCAGCGCCGCGUGCUGGCGCACCCGGCGGUGGGAGGGUUCGUGAGCCACUGCGGCUGGAACUCCGUGCUGGAGAGCCUCGCCGCGGGGCGGCCGAUGCUGGCGUGGCCCGUGAUGGCGGAGCAGGCCGCGAACGCGAAGCACGUGGCGGACGUCCUCGGCGCCGGCGUCCGCGCGGGGGUGAAGGCCGGCGCCAACGCGCCGCCGGAGCUGGUCGGCAGGGCGCGGGUGGCCGGGAAGGUCCGGGAGCUGAUGGACGGCGGCGGCGAGGCCGGGCGGGGGAUGCGCGCCAGGGCCGAGCGCGUCGGGGAGGCGGCGCGGGCGGCCGUCGGAGACGGCGGCACGUCGCGGCUGGCGCUGCGGCGGCUGGUGGACGAGCUGCAGCGGAGCUACGGCGGCGGCGACGGCGGGCAGCGGGAGGCGGCGGCAAGCGCCAAACCGAGCGUGUGACAGCGGCCCACAGGGUGAUCAAUAAAGAGUCAAAGACAUCAACAUUAGUCAUUAGUGUGAGCUUUUGGUUGUGUUGUUGUCCUGAUGUCACGUAGUUUCUUCGAUUUCGAUGGGCUUGUCGCCUUGUCGUUGGCUGAGCGAGCAGUUGAUCUGCUUGUGUGUUAGUGCAGGAGCAUCUCCCGGCGAGAGAUGGCGGACUGGAGGUGUGAAACUAGCAUUUGUGUCGUCUACUAUACGGUCGAACUCCAACCCAACGUCCCGAUGUUUGCAUCCCAUCGUUCAUAGUCAAUGAAAAUAAAGAUGGAUCUACUUGCAUC